UGAGAGCAUCCUGUUGGGCUGUAUCGACGCCUGGUACGGCAACUGCACCGCCCUCAACCGCAGGGCUCUCCAAAGGGUGGUGCGGUCUGCUCAACGCAUCACCGGGGGAAAACUUCCUGCCCUCCAGGACACCUACAGCAUCCGAUAUCACAGGAAGGUCAACAAGAUCAUCGAGGACAACAACCACCCGAGCCACUGCCUGUUCACCCCGCUAUCAUCCAGAAGGCGAGGACCUUGUCGGCACUGAGACGAAGGCAGAGCUCUGACCCAGAAUGCAGUGUUGGGACAACCUGAUCAACACCCUGAGCUGUGUGCUAUUCCUGAUGGGAGUGAGCCACCUGGUGCGUCUGCCCCAGGCCCCCUACGGACGCUACCUGGACUUGGGGCUGUCCUCCUCCUCCUCCAUGCCCAGGAUGAUGCCUGCUAGGCUGGCCUGGUUCCUCCAGGAGCUCCCCUCUCUCCUGGUACCCCUGAUGAUGAUGACUACCACACCCAACCACACGGGGUCCAGCCUGGGGACCAGCCUGCUACUGGGGACCUUUUGUCUGCACUACUUCCAAAGGACGUUUGUGUACUCGGUGCUGAUGCGAGGACGACCGUUCCCCCUCCGCGUGAUGAUAGAGGCGGGGGUGUUCUGCAGUCUGAACGGGUUCACACAGAGUCACUACCUGGUCCACUGUGCCCACUACCACCCCACAUGGACCUCUGACACACGCUUCCUCAUUGGUUCAACCCUGUUUCUCCUGGGAAUGGCUAUCAACGUCCACAGUGACUAUCUUCUACGGAACCUGAGACAGCCAGGAGAAGUCGUCUACAAGAUCCCUAAAGGUACUAUCGUGAGACAUUCCAUGACUACCCCAGGUCGCGGAAAGCUCUGAUUCCAUUCAUCUUCUGAAGAACAGACGAAGCUCCUGCAUUCCAACCAUGGGACUGGGAGACCCCAAACAAGCUCUUUAGCAUCGGGCUUGCAUUCCAAC